AAAAGAGGUGGGGGCGGGGGAGAAGGGAGAAGGUUGUUUGGGAGCCGGAUCGCGGCGGCCUUCCGUCUUCGCUGCUUGGGGGUCCGAGCGGACUGGGGCCCAGCCCGGCCAUGAGUUGCCGGGGGCCGCUGCCCAGCGAACGAGGAGCGAGACAGAGGAAGAGGAGACGAAAUGGCAUAGAGGAGGAUGGGCCAGUUCCACAAACUAAACGUGGUAGCCGAAAUGCUGUCUUUCAGGAUUCUUGGGAUACAGAGUCUUCCAGCAGUGAGAGUGGCAGUACCAGCAGCUAUAGCAGCAGCAGCAACAUAAGCAGUCCUGACAGAGCUACUGGGACAGACACCAGCUUACCCCAGAUAAUGCCAGGAUCAAGUCCCGUGACGCCUCCUCAGUCUUUCCACGAGCAGUCUGCACUAUGCCAAGGCCCUUACUUCCACAUCAACCAGAUCCUGAAGGAGGCGCACUUCCACAGCUUACAGAACAGGGGCCGUCCCCCAACAUGAUGAGCCUAGCAGCUCUCUGCCUUCUGUGAAGGGGGACAGCACUGUGUGAUAUUUCAACUUUAAAAAAGAAAUUGUUAAAAUUGCACAAAA